CUUCAUUCGUAUCCAAAAGUUUUUGGAUCGCAAUUCGCUCGGAUUCUCUUUCUAUCGCUUUUGUCUGGAUCACCUUUGAUUGGAUAAUAGUAAUAAUAGUCAGAUUUCGUUCUAUUAGGGUUUUGACGGAUAAAAACCUAAUUCGCUUUUAGGGUUUCUUGGAUUUUUUACAGGUGGAUUUGCCAGUGUUCUUCUCAAAAUUAGUCAUUAUGCCAAGAAGUUCAAGGAGCAAAUCACACAAGCAAAGCAAGCAUAGUUCGAGGGAGUACACAGAUUUCGACGAGGAUGUGAAGAUGAAAGAGAGGAAUGAUAACAGUGAUGGUAAGAAAAAUGGGGUUUCUGUUAAGGAUUCUAAGGAUUCUUUAGCUUCUGGAGAAAAAAGGAAACUUGGUAAGGAUCUGGACGGUAGUCAUGCGAAUGGGAGUGUGUCUGAGGAGUAUGCGACGCCUUCAAAGCGGCGGAAAGACAAGAUUCAUGGCGGGAGUGAUAGGUGGAAUGGUGAUGUUGGUGAGGAGAAAAGUGAGGUUGUAAACGUAGACGAUAAGAAGUUGAAGUCGAAGGAUUUGGUAAAAGUUGUUGGUGAGUCCAAAAGCAAGACUAGCAGGAAGCAUGAUGUUGAUAGUGCCAGUGUUGUGGUCGUAGAGAAGGACGGAAGUAAGAGCGGCAGUGGGAGUAGAAGCGAAAAGAGGUCUGAUAAAGAAUCUGGGAGAAAAGAGGGACGUCAGAUUAAAGAAAACAAGGAGACGAAGGAUAAGGAUCGUGGGUCUGAAAGGGAAAGGAAAAUUCAUGACAGUAAGCGUGAGGUUGAGGCAGUGCCAACGCAAGUUGAUAAUCAACCAAGUAAAAGAGGAAGAGAACAUAAUGAGUGGCCUAUAGAGGAAGAAUUGAGAAACAUCGAGUUAGAGAAGGAGCUAGAAAAGAGGAUGAGGAGAAGAGAAGGCUACAGUGACAAGGAUAGAUAUCAGGAUGACGUAAAAGACGAUGAUGAGAGAAUACUGUCUACGAAGAGUGGCCAUGCCAAGGAUAGUGACGAUGAGAGAAUUCUGUCUACGAAGAGUGGCCAUGCCAAGGAUAGUAAACACAAGGAUGAAGUGUAUGGGGACAAGUUCAGGGAAGGUAGCAACAGAGAAACUAGACCCAAGGAGGAUAAAUGUAGGAACGAUGGUGACCCAGUUAGCAAGAGUAGGGAUGUGAAAUACCGAGGAGAAAAUGGAAAAGGUAGCAAACACAAGGAUGAUAAGUACCGUGAAGAUGGUGAAAAGGUUAGACGAGAAGAUAAAUAUCAUGAAGAUGGUAAUAGAGACGUUAGAAAUAAGGAUAGAAAGAAUCAUGAUGAUGGUGAUAGAGACAGCAGACGCAGAGAUGAAAAGCAUAGGGAAGGUGGUGGUAGGGUUGAAAAGAACAGGGAUGACAAGCACAUGCAAGAUGACAACAGGGAUUAUAGGCAUAAGGAAGAGAGAUAUCGAGAAGAUGGUGACAGGGACCAUAGGCACAAAAACAGCAGGCCCAGAGAUGAUACUGAUAGAGAAAAAAGAGUGAGGGAUCCCAAGCACAGAGAUGUCCAUGCCUCAAGAGCCCACUCUAGUGAGGUUGACACCAAGAAUAUGAAAGAUGAUAUGGAUGCUGACUUAAGUCAUGGACAAAAAAAUAAACGCAGUGGAAGCCCAAUUUAUGACGAUCGAGUUGCCAGACACAAAGACGACAAGGAUAGGAGAAUAGAUAAUGAUAAAGAUGAGCGAUCUAUGAACGAUGCUAAAGUAGACCCAACCCCAGAAAGGGGAAGGCCUAGUUCUCGCAAUGAUAUGGAAAUUACAGGCAAUCAUAGCCGUCACAGAAGUUCCCCUAGCAACAAAUUUUACCCCACAAGAGAUCAUCACAGGAUUUCAAAACAAGAAGAAACCAAAUAUCGGGACUCUGUUCAUGAAGAGAGAGCUUGCCAUAAUGUUAACUCUAACAGAUAUUUCACUUCUGCACCUGGGCAAUCUGAUAAAAUUUCGUCUCGGUCACUGGAGAAAAUUACUCAGAAGGAUGACAAUUUUAUUGAUGAUUUAUCAGUGGAAAGGCACCGGAGAUCAGAUGCCCGCUCUUCCCCACUGGUGGACUCAUCCCCUUCAUCUGCAAGUAACGGACGCAGACACUUGAACAGGCUUGAUGUUAGGAGGAAUCUUGAUGUUGAUGAAUUAGGACAGAGGAGCAGUGGUUCCAAGGAUGCAAAGGAGUAUUCAGAUAAAGACGGUAAAGUAAAUCACAAGUUGGUUAUGGAGGUACAUCCUGACAAUGAUCUUUCACACGUGGAUGGUGACAAUUGGUCUGUUUCAUCACCAUAUGUAAGAAGUGGUCCCUUUUCUGGCAAUCAUAAGUCACUUCUGCCUCUUCAACCCCUAUACAGAACAGGAUCAGAUAGCCCUUUAGGCUUUGGUUCUUCAGAAGAUGACAGAAGUAAAUCAAAUGGCCGUCAUCGGAGGUCAGGUGACUCUAACAUGGGAAGACCUCAAAGUAAUUGGAAAAAUGUCCCUAACUGGCCCUCCCCCUUAACCAACGGUGGUUACAUCCCUUUCCAGCACAUUCCUCCUCCAAUAUUUAAUCCCGCUAUGCAGCAAUUUGUGCCUCCAAUCUUUGGUAGACCUCCGAUGCAAGUGAAUCAUGCUGGUAUGCCUUACCAUGUUCCUGAUGGCGACAGGUUUUCUGGUCACGGGCAUCCACUAUGGAGGAAUCAACUGGAAGAAUCAAUUCCACCUCCGAUACACAGUUGGGAAACAAAUAAUGCCGUUUUUGGUGAUGGAUCUCAUGGGUAUGGGAGGCUUGAUUGGGACCAUGGUAGAACUCAAUUGAACAAUCAAAUGUGGGAAUCAAGUGCUGAUCUGUGGAAGGGGCAGGACUCCCAUAAAAUUGACCAUUCAGUUAACAGACCUACCGAUGAAUUCUGGUCAGGGCCGACAGGCCAGCAUGUUGAGAAUGAACAUAGCCAACCGGAUAAUAUUCAGGAAGUGGCCACUAACAACAUUCCAGAAAUUAUGAAGGCUUCAGAGAUCCCCCGCAUUUCUGUGGUUGCAAAGGAGGAUGAUCCUCUUAUUCCUCAGGUUUAUCUUUCAAAGAUUGAUAUCUCUGAAGAUCUUACUCAGCCUGAACUUUAUGACCAGUGCACAAACAUGUUGGCUUUAGAUCAAGCAUCAGUCUCGGAUGAAUUUGAUUGCAAGAUAUUGUUUUUAGAAGCGAAGGAGGGUAUAGAAGCUGAUAUUAGCAAUGGUGCUUCGCUAUUUGCUGCUAUAGAUGAUUCCGUUUUUGAGAAAGCCAUGUCCCUUUACACAAAGCACAAGGUGCCCUUUGUUUCAAUAAAUCAAGAGGGAGUGUCGGUUUCAUCAUCUGAUCAAGAGAAGGGCGGUCCUGAUAACAGUGGGAAAUUGGUGGAGGAAGCUGUUGAGGAGGAAAAUGAACUACUGAUCCAGAAGGUUGAUAUGAAGGAAGAUAAAUCUGAUGAACAGAUAUCAACUUCAGAAAAGAUGGAUAUGGAGGUGGAUGGUGGUUGUGAAAUAGAAGUUAAAGAUUCUUCAGGCAACAAGGUUGAUAAUUUGUUGGUUUUGACCAAUAAUGUGUCAAUGCCAGAGUUAAUUGAAUCUGGGUUGGUAAAUUUGAGUCGGAUACAUGAUGAAAGUACACAUUGAGACUAUUCGUGCGUUCAAAAUGGCGCAUUGGCUUUGCUUUUAUCAAUCUGCUCUGCUUAUUAUCGCUCUUUUAUCUUUGCUUCGCUAGUCAAUCAAUAAAACUAGUCUCAUUCCAUUUAUUG